AUGGAAGCCAAGUUUUUCCGUUUCCUGAAGCUCGUUGGGGUCGGCUUCAAAGCGAGGUCAGAGAGCCAAGGCCGCGAGCUGUUCCUGAAACUGGGCUACAGCCACGAGGUGCAGUUCACCGCUCCCCCAGCGGUCCGUGUCUUCUGCUUCAAACCCAACAUAAUCUGCUGCACUGGCAUCGACAAGGACAGGGUGCACCAGUUCGCCGGCGCUGUCCGAAGCUGCAAACCCCCAGAGGUGUACAAGGGGAAGGGGAUCCUGUACAUUGACGAGGUUAUCAAGCUGAAGCCCGGGAAGAAGCAAAAGAAGUGA